AUUCAGAUAAUUAAAUUUAAGACUUAAAAGUUUUAUGUUAAAAAUGGAUCACAACAUAAAAAUGUUUAAAAAGGAAACUUCAGACAUUACUGCCUCGUUGAUUAGGGGGCAGGAAGACCCCUAAUUUCAAAUUAAAUUAAUAAUGGCUGGUUAUACAGAGACGUACAGGUAGCACUUAUCUUUAAAAAUGAAAAGUUUUAGAAGUUAUGGGUGACUUUUAUCCUUGCUUCAAAUAUUAAAAAGUAAAUUGUUAGAUCGCUGUUCAGAGAAGUAAACAUAGGUGAAAUGACAAAUCUAUUUUUUUGCAGCCAAUCGGAAAAGAAUUUAAACUUCCAGUACCACGAAAAAUAUUUGCUUGAACACUUAUACUGAAUAGACCUACACCCACGUGAUAAAUAUUCAAGUUGAUAUCCCACGUGAUGGGAGGCCAUUGUGUGCGUGCAGUUAGAGAAAACCAGCUUCGUGUUUCCCUGAAUCUGCCACAGAAGUCCACCUACUCAUUUACUCCUCUUCAGUUAGCAGUGGACUAACACCUACAAUUACAAAGGACGUAAAGCUAAAAUAGACCGUAGAAAUUAAAUUUCCAUUACAAAACUUGCUUAAUUGUUUGAAAUAAUCAAAAUCGCUUAUCUCUGAUGAGCUGAAAUUGUGCAUUGUAGAAGUAAUGAAAACAUGAACGUGAACAUGAAAGUGCAUUUCCAAUAAGAGAACAAUUCAGUCCCUGAAUAGGUGCGAUAAAGGCGGAAAGCACGUAAUUCACGUCCCAGUAUGAGGCAAUAGGAAGUAACUGGGCUUGUUUCUGAUGUCGUGGCUUCAUCAGUAGUAGAACAAGCGCAAAUUGACUUUUUAUUGGGAAUUGUAGGGGCAGUAACGCCCAUAUGCUACACGUUCACUGCAAAGUUAACUUGUCGAGCUGGGGAAGGUUGGAUCACUCUGAUUUAAACUGGUUCACCACUAGAGUUUGAGGUAAUACGACACGAAGUCGGUAGCGAAGCACUAUUGGACUAUAUUUUCUGCGAGGACCAGGACAACAGAGUUUAAGAUGACGAUGAGAUUUAAAUUAAAGCUGUUUGUAUUAUUGGGGUCCCUGCUCUGUCUCCAUACGUCACAGGACUUUUACCCGGGUUCCGCCGAGCACAGGUGUUUCUGUCAGGUAACAGGACACCUGGAUGACUGCACGUGUGAUGUGGAAACCAUUGAUACCUUCAACAACAACCAUCUGUUCCCAAAGCUGCAGGAACUCCUGAAGAUGGAUUAUUUCAGGUUUUAUAAGGUCAAUCUGAACAAGCCUUGUCCUUUCUGGACUGAUAGCAGCCACUGUGGACUGAGGGACUGUGCUGUCAAGCCUUGUAAACCAAAUGAAGUACCAGAUGGAUUGAAGUCAGCUAGUUAUAAGUACACUGAAGAUGCCAGCAGGGAGUUGGAGGAGUGCGAGAAGCUUGAGCAGCUGGGGGCUGUGGACAGCUCUCUCAGUGAGGAGACCCGUCAGGUUCUUCUGGAGUGGAGCAGACAUGAUGAUGAGGCUGACCGCUUUUGUGAAUCUGAUGAUGAAGAGUCUCCAGACUCCCAAUAUGUGGACCUGCUGCUUAAUCCUGAGCGCUUCACUGGCUACAAAGGGCCCGAGGCCUGGCAGAUCUGGAACAGCAUCUACGAGGAGAACUGCUUUAAACCCUGUACUGUGAAGAGACCACUAAAUCCUUUGACAUCCUAUAGAGGAGAAGAUGAAGGAAAAACAUUUUACAGAUGGCUGGAAGGUCUGUGUGUAGAGAAGAGAGCCUUCUUCAGGCUGAUAUCUGGGCUUCAUGCCAGUAUCAACAUCCACCUCAGUGCUAGGUACCUCCUGGACGAUAAUUGGUAUGACAAGAAAUGGGGUCAUAACAUCACAGAGUUUCAGCAGCGCUUUGACGCAGAGCUGACCAAGAGUGAAGGACCCAAGCGCCUGCGCAACCUCUACUUCCUCUACCUGAUCGAGCUGCGGGCGCUCUCCAAGGUCCUGCCGUUUUUCGAGCGCCGCUCCUUCCAGCUGUACACUGGCCAGUCUGCCCAGGACCAGCGCGCCAAGGACCUGCUGUUAGAGCUUCUUCAGCUGGCCGAUUCUUUUCCUUUGCACUUCGAUGAGAACUCGCUGUUUGCUGGAGAUAGAGAGGAAGCCACAAAGCUGAAGGAGGAUUUCAAACUGCAUUUUCGCAACAUUUCCCGAAUCAUGGACUGUGUUGGCUGCUUCAAGUGCAGGCUUUGGGGGAAACUACAGACCCAGGGCUUGGGCACAGCAUUGAAGAUCCUUUUCUCUGAGAAGCAAAUUCAGGCUCUGCCUGAGUCUGGUCACUUAAGACUUGGCUUCCAGCUGACACGUCAGGAGAUUGUUGCUCUGUUUAAUGCCUUUGGCAGAAUUUCCACAAGCAUCAAGGAACUAGAGACCUUCCGAAAGCUAUUGUCGAAGAUCAAGUAAAAACAGAAUAAUUGGUACAUCUGUGAUGAGACACUCCUAGAAAUGAAACCUGUCCAAGUGCAACUAAAUUUUGGGAGCGAUUUAAGAGAAUCUCAGCACUUCACUUAUUGAAGCCUUCUGUGCGACUGAAGAGACUUAAUUCCCACGAGUAAGGAGCAUGAGCUGCAUGUUGUAAUUUUUAUUUCCUCUGAUGUCUUUUUUUUUUUGCGAAGGGAAACCCUGAGUUUAUUUUGGUAUUUGUUUUCCCACUGUGGGAAAAGAUUUUUCCCUGCUCUGUGUGCUCUGCCCUUGGUUGUUAGUGACAGGUAUGGAUUUAAAAAAAAAAACCAAUUCAACACAAAAAAUUAAGUGGGGCAAUGAGAUGUAUUUGUAAAUGGAUGAGUUGUGGAUUUCGUUUGCACUAAUUUUAUUCAGGGAAGAUGUAAAGAGGGCACCGUGACUUGUAUCUUAACAUGCUAGGCUUUAUAUUUGUAUUGUGAAAUAGCCUAUUUCCCCUUUCAAAUAGGAGUAGGGGUACAGUUAAGUGAUCUACUGAAUGCAGAACUAUCUCUGUAAAUGUGAUUCAUGCUAUUUGGUCAUUAAGCCUGUCAGAUGAUUUACGGAUUUUGGAAUGCUGUAUUUUCUUCAUGCUUGCAUGUAUUGACUGUAUUUCACACUGGAAACUAUGAGCCUAUAGAUAUUGUGACCAUUAUGCUGAUUUAUAUUAUGCAAGUUGCCAAUUGUCCUGUACAAAGAAGAGAGAAAUUACUGCAUUCUAUAAUUGUUUUAUUUAUUGGAGAUUCUCAGAAAAGGGCCAAGGAUGCCCAUAUAUGAUCAGUUUUAAGUUUUGUAUCAAGAAAUAAACUAAAGUUUGAAAUCUA